AUGGAGGAAGACUUGGCAUACAAGGUCAUCGUGAUCGGGAGUGUUAGUGUAGGAAAGAGCAACAUCACGUCCCGCUUCUGUGAUGGUGCGUUUUACCCCGACCUCGUCCCCACCUUAGGGAUGGACUUCAAGUACAGUAGCUGCAACACCCUCGAAAAGAAGCCGCGCUGCGUGCGGCUGCAGGUCUGGGACACGAGCGGGCAGGACGACUUCGUCACGCUCACAACCGCCUUCUACCGCAACUGCCAGGGCGCGCUACUGUGCUUCGACCUUACGAACCGGCAGUCCUUCGAGGAUCUCGAUCAGUGGUAUGAGCGGCUAGAGCGGUACUCGCCGGUGGUGCCGCCGCUCAUCCUGGUCGGGUGCAAGCUGGACCUCGUAGAGAGCCACCUCGACGAGCAGGGUGAGGGAAUCGUCCUAGGCAGUCAUCGCCAAAUAGCCAAGAGCGAGGCGGACGCGUGGGCGCGGUGCCAUAGCUGCCUCUGCUACCUCGAGACGAGCGCGAAGGAGAACACAAACGUAUCGCAGGCGUUUCAGCAGCUCGCCACGUACAUCGCCUCCGUAGCGAAUCCUGGCGCCAAGCACGCGGGCCGCACCUUCGGACCCGGUGGCCGCCUACUUGUGGAGGAGGAGAAGCAGAAAAAGCGCCAGUGCUGCUCCAACUGA